AUGGCGUUCCUGUUCAAGUCGAAAAAGAACCAAGACCGGGCCCUCGCCAGUCGCGAUGGCACUUCGGGGUCCCAGGGCUCGAUUCAGAGCGCCAGCGCCAGAGUAGCCAAGGAUGAAAAGGCUGUCGCACAACGAUCGACCCCCACCGGCAGCAUGAACUCUUUCGGCGAGGAGGGCAGCGUAGGAAGCCCAGAGCAAGCACACGGCCGCCAACGGGGGCCCAGUGUUGACCAGGCGCCGUCUGCGCCCAGCGAUUUGCCGUUUCGCAACAGUCCACAGAUGCAGUCGCAGCCUCAGCAGCAACCCCUGCAGCAGACGCAACAGCCACCACCACAACAGCAGAACCCAAACUCUGCGCUGUACCCUUGGUCGCAACGACGCCUGACAUAUACAUCUGCACACCCUCCCCCUUUUCCGAGAUAUGGCGCCGCCGUCAACUCGGUGGCGUCGAAGGAGGGCGACAUCUACCUGAUGGGCGGGCUGAUCAACAGUUCGACGGUCAAGGGAGAUCUGUGGAUGAUUGAGGCCGGCCAGAGCAUGGCUUGCUAUCCUCUGGCAACGACAGCCGAAGGCCCUGGCCCUCGCGUCGGUCACUCGAGUCUUCUCGUUGGUAACGCAUUCAUUGUCUACGGAGGAGAUACCAAGGUGGAGGAAACCGACGUCCUCGACGAGACCCUGUACCUGCUCAAUACCUCCACAAGACAAUGGUCGCGAGCUCUGCCUUCAGGCCCCCGCCCCUCGGGACGCUACGGCCACUCGCUCAAUAUCCUUGGUUCCAAGAUCUACGUCUUUGGUGGGCAGGUUGAGGGUUACUUCAUGAACGACCUGUCUGCUUUCGAUCUCAACCAGCUACAGAUGCCCAACAACCGAUGGGAGCUGCUCAUCCAGAACAGCGACAGCGGAGGUCCUCCUCCAGGCCAGAUCCCUCCUGCGCGAACGAAUCACUCGGUAAUAACUUACAACGACAAGAUGUACCUCUUUGGUGGCACCAACGGCUACCAGUGGUUCAACGAUGUCUGGUGUUAUGAUCCCGCACUUAAUGAGUGGUCGCAGAUGGAUUGCAUAGGAUAUAUCCCCGUCCCGCGCGAGGGGCACGCCGCUACUGUCGUUGACGAUGUCAUGUACAUCUUUGGAGGCCGGACGGAAGAUGGAGCUGAUCUCGGCGAUCUGGCUGCCUUCAGGAUAACCUCGCGCCGAUGGUACACCUUUCAAAACAUGGGGCCGUCGCCAUCGCCGCGAUCUGGCCACAGCAUGACAACCGUGGGAAAGCAGGUUGUUGUGGUUGGUGGAGAACCGAGUUCUGCGCCUGUCAAUGCUGGCGACCUUGGCAUUGUCUAUACACUGGACACGACCAAGAUUAGAUAUCCAAAUGAUGCUCAGGCACAACAGCAGCAACAACUGCAGCAACAGCAACAAAACGCGCAAAAGGGUAUUCAAGCCAGGAGACCCAGCGGUGCCGCCGAAACAAAUCCAGCGCGCCCAAUGGCAUCCAGGGAUGGAUCGCAGGGGCCUCCCGAGCUCCGGAGACCUGCCGGGGGCCCUCAAAACCCUAACGGGAUCAGCAGCCCUCCGAACGGCUUCCGCGCCGGGCCAGGCACACCCGAGGUCAAUGGGUCAGGUGUCGCAGGUGUGGCAGCAGCUUCGAGGCUACCUCGCGGCGCUGGGUCGUCUCCUCCCGCCGGUCCUCCACCGCAAGGCCCCACGCCAGCCAAGCCUACUGUGCAGACUUCGAACCUAGUCAGGAGUCGUGGGCCCUCGACGGAGCGUGAAGCCACAACCUCUUCUCCUCAGAUCGGCUCAACACGACAAUCACCCGUGACUCGAGACGUGGCAAAGGAGGUUGAAUCACCGAUCGUCAACGGAAGGCGGACGCCCACACAGCAAGUCGUGCGAACAGGCUCAAAGUCGGAGUCUACCCCUGCGGAGCUUGUUAAGUCAAGGUCUCGGCAGGGCAACCGAUCUCAAGGGUCGGUCGACAGCACGGCCGAGCCCAAUAUUAAGCCAAUUCAACAGCAGGUGCAGCAAACACAAGUUCAGGCGCAACCAGUUCAGCAAGCACCUCGAGCCGCCUCGCCCCCUCCACCGACCCGCCAACCAAGCAACCCUCUGUCUCGAAGGUCAUCAGGCCGGAACUCGCAGACCGUCGUCUUGCUCAAGGAGCUCGACUCUUCGCGUAACCGUAACGCCUGGUACGCAUCUGAGCUGGAGCUCGCCCGCAAGGCCGGCUACGUGCCCAACGCAACGCUCAGUCCUGUCCUGGAUAGUCGGGCUACGGAAACGUUCGAUGACGAAGACAAGCCGUUGAUUGAGGCUUUGUUGGCAAUGCGCACCGAGCUUGCAAGCGUCCAAAGCGCCGUUGACAAACAGGCCAUCCUCGCAGCCAAGCAGAUUGCCGAGGCUGAAAAGCAGCGUGACGCUGCGAUUCAAGAAGCUGUGUACUCACGAGCCAAGCUCGCUGCGCACAUGGGCGGUAGCACGGCCAGCACCCCGCAACUCGAUUCGGAUCGCGAUGCCGAUGACCGUUCAAACGAGAUCAGCAAGAAGCUUGCCGCCGCUCUCAACUACCAGAAGAGCUUGCAGGCCCAACUGGAAACCAUGAAGACCGAGCUCGAGGCCGAGAAACGCGCUCGCCAGCUAGCCGAUGAUACCACCAACGCUUCCCAGAAGCGCAUGGCCGAGCUGGAGUCGUACAAGACGAUGAACUCGCCUGAGUUGGAGCGUCUCAAAGCUGAACUCCACAUGAUACAGCGCGAGGCGCGCGAGCAAUCUGUCCAGUUUGCCGAGGUCACAGCAGCGAUGCAACUCUUGCAAGUGGAGAAGGAUGAGUUCCAAACCAAGUACACGGAUUCGAUCGGCAACUCCAAGGAGCAGAACCAAACAUUUGACUCGCUGCGAGAGGCUGUGGCUGCUUCUGCCGAAAUGAAACUGCUCCUCGAACGUAAGCUGGACGAGGAACGUACGCUGCGGGAGAAGAUCGACGGCAAAUUCACCAAGCUCAAGGCUGAACACGAGGCUCGCACUGCCGAGCUGGUGGCUGUCACACAACGUCUCCGCGAUGCCGAGGAGAUCUCGGAGAAACAUGCCCAUGAAGCAAGGACUCACCGUCAGGCUGUCAUGGCUGGGUUCGAAAAGAUUUCAACGCGGGAUGUCGGCGGUGCGACCAAGGCAGACUCAGAUCGCCUCGCGGCUCUCCAGAGCCAGCUUGCCGCGUCCAAUGCACUGGUGAAGAAGUAUCAACAAGAGGCAGACGUGGCAGCUGAUAAGCUUCGCUCCGCCGAGGAGCGUAUUGCAGGCCUCGAGGUUUACCAAGAGCAGUCCAGCCGCGAGGGCGUGGCAAUUCGCCGACAACUCCAGGCUGCCCUCCGUGACACUCAGUCCCUACAGGCUCUCAACUCGGACCUCAAGCACCAGCUUCAAAAUCAACAGCUUGAGACCAACGCCAUGAGCGUCCAGCACAACACUCUGAAGGACAUCUUGAUCGAACGCGGGAUCAGCCCGAAUGGCAUGCCACGCUCCCGCAGUGUGGGCAGUCCCCGUGGGAACUCGCCUGAACAAGCCCGAAUCCGCGAGCUGGAAGAUCAGCUGCAUGCGGCGGCAUCGAACCACGAGGACAACACGCAACGCAACGCCAGCCAUCUGGAAGCAACCGAGAAUGCGUAUCGGGAGAAGUUGUCGCAGCUUGAGAACGACUACCAGUCGGCCGUCCACUACGUCAAGGGCACGGAGAAGAUGCUCAAGCAACUUAAGGAGCAGCUUGCUCGCUACAAGACUGAGAACGCGCGUCUUAAAUCGGAAGUUGAAGAUCUCGAGGAUCGGGUUCAGGCCGCGCCUUCCGACGCCGCACCUGCCGACUGGGAGACAGAGCGAGACGCGCUGCACCAGAAGAUCAACGCGCUGCAGGAGGAGGUCCGCGUGUCUGGAGCCCAAUUGGAACAGCAGCUGAUGGCUGUCAAGAAGGAGCUCGAGGAGGCACACACGCAGCGAGACACGGCCCUCGAGAGCAGCGAGGAGACGGCGCGAACCUUGACGACGAGUCGCCGUGAUCUUGAGCAGUUGCAGCAAGAAAAUUCUCUCCUAGAGCGCCGUGCACAAGAUGCCGAGCAAAAGGUGUCUCUGCUUCUUGACCAGGUGGAAACUUCGGUGGACAACUACCGGCGCCGCAGUCGUCAAGCACCAAGCAUGACCUCGGAGCUGACAAUCUCGGGUCCGACAAACGGCGUCCACAACCAAGGCCACACGCGCCAGGAGAGCUCCGAUGCCGAGAGUGCCUAUGGCGGUCCCGUCCCAGGAGGGGAACGCAACAGCGGAGGCAUUGACGCGCGGAAUAGCACGGCGCUCGACAAUCUUGCCACGGAGCUCGAGACGCUGCGCACGCAUUGGGAGGCCACAAAUAAGAACUACCGUCUCAGCAACACGUUCGACUUUGACACGGUUGCGGCGCCCGCUCGGCGCGAUGAUGAGGGUGGCAUCGGGCUCAGCGAGAGUCUGGCCGACUGGCGCAAGCGGCUCGACGUCGAAGAAGGGGUCGGCGAUGUCGGCGAGCCAUCGAAGAGCAAAAGCCGACCGGAGCGACCCUAG